GGUCAACCGCUCAAAUGCAACUCCCCGCUAAUUCUUGACCUAGAAAGAAGUCAAUGUCGACCGCCGUGUGACUGGACAACACAGUCGCCAUUAACCCAGAAGAUAUAUUAUGGCGUUGUUGUGAUGGGUUUCUGGCUGGUUCUUAUCGCCACAGUUAUCACGUUCGUUACUUGGGCCAGCAUAAAAACCCUGUAAGUAAACUUUGCCUAGUUGGAAAACUCUUUCCGCUUACUCCUAAUAGUGCUAGCUAACAUACGUUCAUCCUUUCUUGAACCUACUUAAUUUAUAUUAUAUUUUUUUAAAAAAAAAAAGUUACUGCUAGUUUUAAAAGAAAAGAAAAAAUGAUAUGUCUUCGUUCUCAUUCACCUCUCACAGAAGCUAGCGCUCCAGUCGUAAAAAAAAGCCGCCAUCUUUUAAUGUGCGCGCGCUUAUCACUCGUAAAGUUAUGGGGAGUAAGGAUGCGCAAUGCAGGAAUAAUCUUAAAGUUGCUUAGGAGAAUGCGCCACAACCUGCUUGUUGCUUGAUUUUGGGCUUCGAGUUUGAUUUUUAAAUGGUUGAGGGUCGCACUCUCUUGACGUCAUUAACAAUACCCUCUUAACGUUUUUAGCCGCAAGUUUCCACACGUUCUUCGCUUUCACAUCAUGAUUUGCUGUAUUCUGCUCGGUAAGUAAUAUCUAAUGUAAUGUUAUAAGGUCUAAAGAAAAUGGGCCGAAAGUGGAAGAAGUAUUGCUUAAAUUGGGUCUCUAUUAAGAAAGGAAGGUUUUGAAGUACAAUACACUUGUAUUGUAAUGUCACUUUUAAAUACCCCCGGCGUGAUCGUAUUUGCAACAACGUGAACCGAGGCGACAGUUGGAGGCCGCCAAAGAGUGAAGGACUUUCACCAAGAGAUAGCCCGAGAAAAGAGCCGAAAGUUUGCGACGCCUCCACUGUUUUCCGCGCGAAAUGACGUCUGUGGAACAUUCGUAGUAAUUCCAUACUGAUGACGCGUCACUAUUCUGAUCCGGGUAGUGCUUCUAACUGGUUAAAAGAAAAUUUUCUUAGCGGCACGACCAAUGCGGAUCUGGGUAGUGACACGUCAUCAGUAUGGAAUUUCUGCAAUUGGUCCUAAGACGUCAUUUCGCAGGGAAACAAGUAGUGGUGUCAUGAAAUGUCGGCUGUUUUCUCAGGACAACCAAGUGAAUAAUUUGAAGUAAAACGGCGGAAGUGGAGUGUACCAGUUCUCAGGCUACAAGUUAUCUGCUUUUUUCCUCCCCCAGAGGUUGUGCUUGUGUACUAUUCAUAUGGCACAGAUUUUCCUUUUUAUAAAAUAGUAGCAGAAAAUAUGAAGUUCAGCAAUGACAAGUUCCCCAACUCCAGGCAGAACUUUGGUAACAAAUGCCCCAUCGUGGGAACGCAACGCACGUCCUGAUAAAUUCCCGUGUUGAAUAAGCACGCUUGGAAUAUUUUUAAGACUAUCGUAUUAUCCAGUGCAACUUUGCAAUCAGGGUCGUUGAACUUGCUUAAAUACGCCUACGGUUUCUCUUUUCUUUUUUUCUCUUUUAGCUUGCUGCAGGAUGAUUCCCAUUCGAAUUGGACUUGGGAAGACAUUUUGUCGAGAGGAAAAAUAUUGGAAGCUAGGUGGCCACUCCUCGUUCGCUGUUAAACUCCUAGGUAAUUUUCAAACAAUACGUAUUCAGCAGCCUCGCAACGGACUUCUGGUGUCCAAGCAACAACGAUGGCGACGGGCAUCAAAACGACAUCUAAAAAAUGAAUUUGUUUUGUUUCAUUUACCAUCGAUAUUAUUCCACCUCGUUCUUGCAGUAAUUUGUCGAUUAUUUGCGAAUUUUCCUUGAAUCGAUCGCAAGGAACUUAUCCAAGUACAGAUUUUCGUCGUAGGCGUAAAGUGCGGCAACACUCUUUGUAUACGUGGAUGAGAUCCCAUUCGCUACUUAAAAACCGAGGAGUAAACUGGGUCGAGUUAACUUUCGAAAAGACUUUUGGGACUGUUACUGUAACUAUCCCAGAAACGAUUGCGGGACGCAUUUUGGCUCCAGUUUCCUCCUCGUUUCUAAAGUGGUCGAUACUAGGGUGACCACUCAAACAAAGCUUCUUUAGCAGUACUUUAAUUGCAAUAUUUGUUUUUCACCAUUUUACAAAAAAGAUAUCUGGAAAUUUUGCCAAUAGUUGGCUUUGGUCACUGAGUUAAGCACCUCACGAGGCAGUUUGAUCCUCAGCAACUUCCUUGUCUGUAGGGUGAAUUUUUCGUAAGAUUUUUGCCAAGCGAAGCUUGGCCGGAAAGUUACUUUGCGACCUUGGAAUACAAUUCAUGAAAUACCGUGUAAAAUAUCCAACGGCUUUCUAGCCCUCUGUUUGGCUAUAUCCUUCAGACCAUGUGAUAAAACAUGAGGAAAUGUUACGAUUUUUCAAUGUAUAUCUUUCCUUAUUUUUCAGGCGCCACAUCGCAUUAUUUUAGUCUGGCUCAUUCCUUCUGGGCCAUGUGCUUCAUAGUGAAUACUUACGCCGUUAUCGUGCAUGAAAGGCGAGGAGUUUUCAAGCAUCCUAUGAAAUUCCACUUCAUGCAAUCUGUCUUCAGCUGGUUGGGCCCCGUGGGCAUUGUUUUAGGCUGUCUUUUCAUCUCUCCCCCUGGAUACAGGUUUGUGUUCGCGGAUCUUCUGGCCGCUGGAACCGACAGCAUUCAAAUGGCUUACUUCGCUUUCACGCUACCCAUGCAGCUCUCGCUAGGAGUGUCGCUGUGUUUGCUGUGGUCAAUUGUAUGGUGUCUGAGAAAGGUAGUAAAAUUAUUUCUAGUCACAUGUCUUACCUUUCAUUGCCCUGUCAAACAUGACACGAUUGUUACUAAAACUAGGUACAGGGAAAGAGCUCACUGAAGGAAAAAAUUAGAAAUGGACAAAAACAUAGCUUUAAUCCUGGCCCUAUCACUAAACCCAUCGACUAUUUUUAUGUUUUGUAUCCAUUAUUCAUCUCCCGUUCCCCGAGCUCCGUUUCCCGUUUUCCAUAUCCUGCGUACCAAGCGUUCCCAAUCGAGUUAUUGCGCGAACGUUGGAGCGACAGCAAAGGAAAUGAGAUAGACCUCUUUAGCUUGUAUGUUUUGUUUUCUCAAUACAGGUCAUGUGAUAAUAUUCUAGAGAACUGUUUGUUUCAAAUUUCGUCUUAUUCAGGUACAUAAGUACGCAUAAUUUAUGAAAAGAAAAGAGUCAAGUUCCCCUGGGACCUCUAUUGGGAAAACAAAACAUACAAACUUAAGAGGUCUAUUCUCUCGUCCCAACUUUCUCGACGAACUCGCGCGGAAACGCUGGCUUCGCAAGAACAUCCAAUAUUUCACCUUCGUGAUAAGCUUAACGUAGCAUUGCAAUAGAGGGAGAAGUGUGACGUCACGUUACCACGGUAGCAAAAUUUCCGGAUCACGACAAGAGGGAGUUUAAGCAACCACGACGGCGACGGCAACGAAAACAGUUAAAAAGCAAUAAGUUUAUAUCAGCAAAACAACAACUUUGCACGUGCAUCGCGCUUUUUUGUACAUUUCUUAGCCGCUGUUACACGUCUGCGACGUGAAACUCCCUAAUUUCACGCGCUUGCUUUAUAGAGUAGGUAAACCCAACACAAAAAUUUUAUCUUUCUUUUUCUAAACUUAAAUACGGUCCUUUCGGAUUCAACCCCAGCAAAUUUCGCGAAGAUUUGACAAAUUAAAUGAAAUUGAAUAAGAUUGAUAAAGUUUGAAACAGUGCGAAUUCACUUUUUAAGUGAAUUUUCGGGUUCUUGUCAUUCAGAAAUUUUGCUGCCAUGGGAACGUGACGUAACGACUUCUCCUCUAUAUAUCAUGGGUAACAUAACGAGGCCCUCAGCUGGAAGUUCUAAAAGUUUCGUGCUUCUCGGACUCAGACUCCGGCGAGCAAGAACAGAGCGUUUUCACAUGAUUUAGCGUCCGCCAUAUUCGUGUUCCAAAACAAUAAACGGCAGCCAUGUUGCUGUCCCUGUGGUUUUUGAACCCUUUUCUUACGUUAAAACUAGCUCUUUUUUCUGCUCCAAUGAAUUUGCAUAGCUGCUGGUCACGUAUACUGGGAUUCCAUCUCGUCUUGUAUGAUGGCCGCAUGAUACCAUUAGCCUUUAGCUUAGUUCCAUAAAGGGACUCGUAGAUAAAAGCGAUUCCACCGGGAAAACGUUUGAAAUGGAUAGCUGAUAACCUGUACGGCCCUUGAAUGUUAACUAUUGUUACGUGUUCAACUGCUUUCCACUAGCCGCCCAGAUUACGCUAAAACAUUGUUACAGUGGAACCUCGAUAUAAGUAGCCUGCGAACAGCAGAGGCAUUUUCGGUCGUCGCUUCUCUCCCUCCGCUAUUUUUCGGAGGGAGAGAAGCGACGACCGGAAAUGCGUCUGCUGUUCGCAGGCUACGAUACGGGGGACUGGCAAAUUUUGUUCGCUAUAUCGAGGUUCUUUUUCAUAUAUUUGACCAUUACUGGGGUAAAGGAAAUCGUUCGUCAUACCGAGGUCUUCGUUAUUUAGAGGUUCGUUAUAUCGAGGUUCUACUGUAAUCAGCUUGGUGGACACUAAUGGUCGUUUUUUUUUCUUGCCAGGCUCGUUUGGACUCAACUAAACGUGUGAUCCGCGCGAGGGAUGAGCGAGUCUCUAUGAGGCGCGUGGAGCGGCAGUUCAUAAGCAUGGCGGUCGUUAUGCUGUUGUUGGUGGGAAUUGUCUUAACCAUCAACACUGUAAUCCUAUACUGCGUAGGAGGUUUUAUCCACGAUUCCGAAGUUUAUUUUCUUUGUCUACAGGUAACGUAUGACUCCAUCUAAGUCGACGUAACUUCUCAGAUCAAAAACCAUUACGGUCUACAUUUCAAACCAUGAUUACACAGGCGAUUUUUUUGAUGAGAUAUAUGAGAAAUUUCAUAUCGCGAGCGUAAACUUGCGUCGGAUCUCAUGGCAGUUCCCUGUCUCCACGCGGAAAUCGCCUCUAUAGACCAUAACCGAGUCCUUAGCUAGCCUCUAUUUUAAUACGAGGUUAAGAGCUGUGUCUUUGAUAUAGAGGAAUAUAGGCGCGAAUCUAGGAUAAAUACUGACCGAUUGCCUAAACGAGGACCGAAGGCUCAAGUACUAUCUAGCGGGGUCGGGGAGGGCGGGGCGGGGGGGGGGCAGGCUCCCCCAAGAAAUGUUUUGGUUUUAACUCUUAAAGUCCCCUUUCCUGGGUUUUCGCGUCAUUGCGGCAGGAUAUUGCCUAGGUUUAAACUUGGAAAAUGUUUUUAUAAUUAGAAAAAUAUUUAUUAUGAAAAAUCUGACCGAUUUCUGUAAAACGGUGGAAACAGGUGUGGAUCCGCGCUUGACAUAAUCUUCUCUCUCUAGCCCCAUUUUCACGCAGGCUAACGUCUAUAUUUUCCAUGAUGUUAUUUCAACUGCUAUUUUUUCGUACCAAUACAAUGUGAAAAGAUUGUAUAUCUUGUUUUUCAGACAUCGAAAGACUGCAAGUCUCCCAGCUACAACACAGUCUUACCGUUAAUCAAUCUUGUGGCUCCUGGCUUUUUGUGCAUAAUCUUCUUCUUCUUGUUGUUUAUGAACAAAGAUUGCCGUCAGAUAUGGAAGAAUUGCUUCGCAAAAUUCAAAAAGCCCUUUGAGCUUUGUAAACCACCUCCAAACAGACUACGCGCUGAAACGGUUCGUUCAAGGUGCUCUUCAACAUUGACUGUUCUUUCUGAACGCAGAUCUUCUGAGCCUUACAUAAACCAAAAAAUAGACCCCAUCGUGCUGGCAAGAAUACAACAUUCCAAUCGUUUUUCAGAACGUGACGUCAAGAGAUUCUCUUUUGGAGAGAGGAAGCCAAGGUCUUCCACGUUAAGUUUGCCAGCAAGAAAUCAAACGAACACUCUUUCUGGGAGGAGGGAUACACGGAUUGAAAUUCUUUUGACACCUCCCCCUGACGAACUAGACUGUCGACCUCUAAGGACAAAUUCUGUCCCUGUAUUUUUGCUUCACGGACUAGAAUCGCAAGAUACGACCUCAAUCGAGAAUUACAGUGGAGCUACGACAACAAACAGUUCGUGUGUCGACGACGCUUCGGAACGAAGUAUCGGCGAGGAAUUAGAUGCAAAUGGCGAAACAGAAAACUUCAUCCCGAAACUAGAGGAAUGUUCAUCAAAGUUGUAG